AUGGCUUCCAAUACCCGCCAAAGCCUCGACACACCGCCCGUCUCCCGCAUCAAGUCGUCAGCCUCGACCGCCAGCGCCUUCAACUACCCCCAUGGUCAUCUCAACUCGCUGAGUGACCAGCAGGAGGAAGCUUUUCACAAGUUCAAGGCCGUCCUUGAGGAACGCGGCGUCUGGAAGCCCGGGCCCCCACCCUCCCACAAUGAUCAAACGCUGCUUCGCUAUCUCCGCGCCCGCCGUUGGGUUGUAGAAGACGCUUUCAAACAGUUCAAAGAUACCGAGGACUGGCGCGCCGCUAACGAGCUAGACGUUCUCUACGAGACCAUCGACCUCAACGCCUACGAAGAGUCUCGUCGCCUCUACCCUCAAUGGACCGGCCGACGAGACCGACGAGGCAUCCCGCUCUACGUUUUCGAGAUCCGCACCCUUGACAACAAGACCGUUGCCAACUAUGAAAAGAACGGCGCCAAAUCCAACUUUUCUAAAGCCAAAUCGGACGGCAAAACCCUGCCAGGCCUAAUGCGCCUCUUUGCACUCUAUGAGAACCUUACCCGCUUCAGCCAGCCUUUUGCCACGCAGCUCACCGACCGCGAGAACCCUGACAUCCCCAUUACCCUCAGCACCAACAUCGUCGAUGUCUCCGGUGUCGGCCUUAAGCAGUUCUGGAAUCUCAAGGCGCAUAUGCAGGCCGCGUCCCAGCUCGCCACCGCCCAUUACCCCGAGACUCUCGACCGCAUCUUCAUCAUCGGCGCUCCCUUCUUUUUUAGCACCGUCUGGGGCUGGAUCAAGCGCUGGUUCGACCCCAUCACCGUCUCUAAAAUCUUCAUCCUCGCCCCGCACGAGGUGCUCCCCACGCUCGAGUCCUUCAUUGACAAGCGCAAUAUUCCCAAAAAGUACGGCGGCGACCUGGACUAUUCCUUUGGCCAGCUCAGCAUCCCCGACCCCUCGUGGGAAGGCAUCGUCGCCUGGGAGAACGGUUACACGUCCUUUCCCUCGGGCCCCAUGGUCUGGGAGGAUGUUAACGAGCAGCCCGACCGCCUACAGUGCAUCGCGCUCGGCUACAAAGACGGCGCGCCACGUCGGGAGCGCGUCUGCACCAUCCCGCGCACAUGGUCGCCGCCCGAGAACGAGGCCAAGGCGACAGCGAGUGGCUCGGCGGCUGCACCCGCGGAGGUGGAGGCUACGCCCAACGAGGAGCAGAAUUCGCCAGAGUCUUUCCGUACGACAGACACUCAGGCCGACACCCAAGUCGACACCAACACCGACGCCAUGGAGAAUCUCGCUAUUGAUGAGAAAAAGGUGGCAACUGAGCCCACCACCACCGUGGCCCAGACCGUCGUUUAG